AUGGGAUCAGAUCCAAGAAGAGCUAUGUCGUCUGCGUACUCGAUAUCUGUGAGCGGAGGCCCAGGGAGCACUUCGACCACACAGGCAUUAGAGGCUGGUAGUGAGUCUUCCAUGAUCAUUUCAUUGACGAAGUUAAAGAGGAAAGGUGAAAGAGGACAACCCUGUCGGACACCACCGGAUGUGGUGAACUCAGGAGAGAGCUUCUCGCAGACCUUUACACGGCCGCGGGAGUUGGCGUACAGCGCCUUAAUGAGGGUCAAGAAUUUAUGGGGGACACCUUUGCACCACAGACACUGCCAUAGUGCUUGGCGGUUCACAGAGUCAAAGGCAGCUUUCAGAUCGAGAAACACAACCAUUGUUGGUUGCUGGAAGCAAACAAUAAUUAAUCACUCGACUGUAGCACCCUUUCGGUGCCCAGCUGCCAUGCCACCCAAAGGGAGCACGAGGGCUGGGAUACUGCCAGGUUACCCAAGCGUAGACAGGGAAAGUCGAGAGGCAGAAGUUGGGUUCGAACCACGGACCUUCUGGUCAGUAAAUUCGCGCUCUAACCAUUUGAGCCAUCUAGCCUCCUUUCCUUUAGAAUCCACAGUGACCACCGAGACAGUCGGGACCUUCAAGGUCUUGCACAAGUCACUUAACGACAAGAGACUCCACUUCUGA